CACAGUACUUCCAGCCGGUUUCAUGCAUGCUUACGGUUGCUGAUAGGUUGGGUUGAUUGAUUACUGCCUGCUGGGUCGUACCAGCCAAGACUCGCACAGCCUACGCGGCAAGUACCCGGGUAGGUGACAGCAUUUGGGGGCCGUUGGUAGACUACUUUCUGCCCACGAAUGAUAUGUGAGACCUGAUACCAUCGAUGCACGUUUCGCAAACCUGGAUGCCGUGGGCCUUCUCCCUCAGUGGUCCCGCUUGAUCGAUAUCGUAACUUCUUCUCCCUUAGUUUCCCCUCGCUUUCACUGGCCUCUCUGGCAAACAUUGCAACUCACAGUCCACGAUCCUUCCGCAGACUCUCCAAAAUGCCGUCCGGCGUCACAGCCGUCUUUUGGGGCGUUGGCUUCCUAUUUUUAGGGUUGCAGGUGCUGCUCAGGCUCACUCAGGAUGGCAAAGAACCGAAGGCAAUUGAGACGACCAUCCCCUUCCUCAGCCCCAUCAUCGCAAUGAUCCGAUACAAAGCCGACGUCUACACACGAUUGAUGGACAAGUAUGGCCUUCCGAUCUACACCCUGCGAAUGCCGGGUGCGCGGAUCUAUGUUGUUAAUUCGACGAACCUCAUCCCCGUUGUCCAACGACAAUUCCGCACUGUUGCCUUCACGCCUUUUGCUGCUCGCGCUUUUAAGUAUGCUAUGGGAGGAAGUAAGACCGCAAAUGACAUAAUGGCAACAGACAUGACGGAGGACCACGGCUACUUGAUGAGCUUUGACACGGCUAUUCAUCCAGCCGUUAGCCCCGGACCUGCACUCGAUGCCAUGAAUCGGGCGUCUGUUCGAGCUGUUGCUGUUUCUCUCGACAAGUUGAGAAGACAAAGCCCGAUCACAGUCGACAUGUACAAGUGGAUCCAGCAUGAGGUCUUGCUCGCCACUACAGACGCAGUGUAUGGGCCUCAGAAUCCAUACAGAAACCCGGCCAUGGAGGAAGCAUGGUAUAUCUAUGAGCCGAGAAUUACCACCUUUAUGCUCAAUCUCCUCCCUGCAAUCACAGCCAAAAGAAGCCUCAAGGCGCGGGAGUUAAUGGUGCAGAAUUUCGAGGACUAUUUCAAAGCUGGCGGUCAAAACCAGGCAUCUGAACUCGUUCGGCGAAGAUAUGAACACAAUGUUCAGAACCACCUUGCUAUCAGUGACAUUGCGAGAACCGAGAUCGGCGGUUCAUUUGCACUCCUCAGCAACACCAUUCCGGCCACAUUUUGGCUUCUCUGGCAGAUCCUUUCGGAUCCGACUUUAUUCAAGGACUGCCGUCAAGAACUGCUCGAAGGCGUUCAAGAGAGCGAGGGAGUUUGCAAAAUUGACGUGGACUACAUCAAGACCAGCUGUCCCAUCUUCUUGUCGACCUUUCAGGAAGUUUUCCGUUUCUACGGUAUCAACAACUCGGUCCGUAUGGUGCUGGAAGACCACAUGCUCGUUGGCCAGUACCUCCUCAAGAAAGGCAGCACCGUCAUGAUGCCAGCGCCUGUACAGCACAGUAUCCAAUCGGUCUGGGGCUCCGACGUCGCCAAGUUCAACCACAAGCGUUUUGUCCGCGCGCCUGGAUCCAAGCGACACAACCCCGUGGCUUUCCGUGGCUUCGGCGGCGGAACGACUCUAUGCCCCGGCCGACAUUUUGCUACAUGUGAGAUUCUGGCCUUCGCAGCUCUCACUGUCUUGCAGCUCGAAAUCAUGCCCGUGAGGGGGAAGUGGACCCGACCGUCAACUGAGAAGACGUCCAUGGCUGGUGCCAUUCCGACACCAGACCAUGACGUUAAGAUCACCGUCCGGCCAAUUGGUAGCCAGAGUUGGACUGCUGUUCUAUCUGACUCUGACAAGCCCAUCCCAAUUUCUGUCGAGGACAACGACGAGUAAGAUGGCGCGGCCUCAGGCGCCUGGGGAUCUCUUUGCCUUUGAGAAUACACACCGCCACAGUCUAGCAUAGUACUCGGGUAGUCUCACCGAAGUUUGUUUCUUUGCCCAUACAAGCGCAGACGCUCUGUGGCAGUGCUCUCGCAGUAUGGGUAAUUUUG